CUGGCACCGAGCUGGGGCUGCGCGCAGCACCGGGGCCGCCUCCCCCACGCCCCGCGCACCCGCCGCUGCAAGGACGGGGCGGGGGGGCUGCUCGCAGAGGGUCUCCCAUGGGCCUGACUAGCCGGCCGUGGAUGCCAUGGAGCUGUGUGCAAAAAAACACCCCCCAGAGGAAGAAAGGCGGGUGAAGGCCAAUGCCCGAGAGUACAACGAAAAGUUCCAGUAUGCGAGCAACUGUAUCCAGACUUCCAAGUACAAUAUCGUCACCUUCCUGCCCGUCAACCUCUUCGAGCAGUUCCAGGAAGUGGCCAACACCUAUUUCCUCUUUCUCCUCAUCCUGCAGCUGAUCCCCCAGAUCUCCUCACUCUCCUGGUUCACCACCAUCGUGCCUUUGGUUCUCGUCUUAACUAUCACAGCUGUCAAAGAUGCCACUGACGACUACUUCCGCCACAAGAGCGACAACCAGGUGAACAAUCGCCAAUCUCAGGUGCUGAUCAAUGGAACCCUCCAGCAGGAGCAGUGGAUGAACGUACGUGUCGGAGACAUCAUCAAGCUGGAGAACAACCACUUUGUGGCGGCUGACCUCCUGCUCCUCUCCAGCAGCGAACCCCAUGGGCUAUGCUACAUAGAGACGGCCGAGCUCGAUGGAGAGACCAACAUGAAAGUGCGCCAGGCCAUUCCUGUCACCUCGGAGCUCGGGGACAUCAGCAAGCUGGCCCAGUUUGAUGGUGAGGUGAUCUGCGAGCCCCCCAACAACAAACUGGACAAGUUCAGCGGGACCCUGUACUGGAAGGAGAACAAAUACCAGCUGAGCAACCAGAACAUGCUGCUGCGGGGCUGCAUGCUUCGCAACACCGAGUGGUGCUUUGGCCUCGUUGUCUUCGCAGGUCCCGACACCAAGCUGAUGCAGAACAGCGGGAGGACCAAGUUCAAGAGGACGAGCAUCGACCGGCUGAUGAACACGCUGGUGCUCUGGAUCUUCGGGUUCCUGGUGUGCAUGGGGGUAAUCCUGGCCAUCGGCAAUGCCAUCUGGGAGCACGAGGUGGGAGCCUGCUUCCAGAUCUAUCUGCCCUGGGACACAGCGGUGGACAGUGCCUUCUUCUCCGGCUUCCUCUCCUUCUGGUCCUACAUCAUCAUCCUCAACACUGUGGUGCCCAUUUCGCUCUACGUCAGCGUGGAAGUGAUCCGCCUCGGCCACAGCUACUUCAUCAACUGGGACAAGAAGAUGUACUGCGCGCAGCGGCAGACGCCGGCCGAGGCCCGCACCACCACGCUCAACGAGGAGCUGGGCCAGGUCGAGUACAUCUUCUCCGACAAGACCGGCACCCUCACCCAGAACAUCAUGAUCUUCAGCAAGUGCUCCAUCAACGGGCGCAGCUACGGUGAUGUGCUGGACGUGCUUGGGCACAAGGCGGAGCUGGGGGAGAGGACGGAUCCGGUCGACUUUUCCUUCAACCCUCUGGCCGACCCGCGGUUCCGGUUCUGGGACGCCAGCCUGCUGCAGGCCGUGCAGCUGGGCAACCCCCAUGUGCACGAGUUCUUCCGCCUGCUCUCGCUCUGCCACACCGUCAUGUCCGAGGAGAGGAACGAAGGGGAGCUGUACUACAAGGCGCAGUCCCCGGACGAGGGGGCGCUGGUCACGGCCGCCAGGAACUUCAGCUUCGUCUUCCGCUCACGCACGCCCAAGACCAUCACGGUGCAGGAGCUGGGCCGGGCCGUCACCUACCAGCUGCUGGCCAUCCUGGACUUCAACAACGUCCGCAAGCGCAUGUCGGUCAUCGUGCGCAGCCCCGAGGGCCGGAUCCGUCUGUACUGCAAAGGGGCCGACACCAUCCUCCUGGAGCGGCUGCACCCGGCCCACCACGAGCUGCUGAAUGUAACCACCGACCAUCUGAAUGAGUACGCCGGCGAGGGGCUGCGGACGCUGGUGCUGGCCUACAAGGACCUGGAGGACGGGUACUAUGAGGAGUGGGCCGAUCAGCUGCUGCGAGCCAGCACAGCCUCCGAGGGCCGCGAGGACCGCCUGGCCCGGCUGUACGAGGAGGUGGAGCGGGACAUGACGCUGCUGGGGGCCACCGCCAUUGAGGACAAACUGCAGCAGGGGGUCCCCGAAACCAUCGCCAUCCUGACGCUGGCCAACAUCAAGAUCUGGGUGCUGACUGGGGACAAGCAAGAGACGGCCGUGAACAUCGGCUACUCCUGCAAGAUGCUGACGGACGACAUGACGGAGGUGUUCAUCGUGACAGGCCACACUGUGCUGGAGGUGCGGGAGGAGCUCAGGAAAGCCCGGGAGAAGAUGAUGGACUCGUCGCGUUCCAUGGGCAACGGCUUCUCCUGCCAGGAGAAACUCGCCUCUUCCAUGUCGGCGUCCCGGCUCACCUCGGUGCUGGAGGCCAUUGCGGGCGAGUACGCCCUGGUCAUCAACGGGCACAGCCUGGCCCACGCGCUGGAGGCCGACAUGGAGCUGGAGUUCCUGGAGACGGCCUGCGCCUGCAAGGCCGUGAUCUGCUGCCGCGUCACCCCGCUGCAGAAGGCCCAGGUGGUGGAGCUGGUGAAGAAGUACAAGAAGGCCGUGACGCUGGCCAUCGGGGACGGUGCCAACGACGUCAGCAUGAUCAAGACUGCCCACAUCGGCGUGGGCAUCAGCGGGCAGGAGGGCAUCCAGGCCGUGCUGGCCUCCGACUAUUCCUUCUCCCAGUUCAAGUUCCUGCAGCGCCUCCUGCUGGUGCACGGCCGCUGGUCCUACCUGCGCAUGUGCAAAUUCCUCUGCUACUUCUUCUACAAGAACUUUGCCUUCACCAUGGUCCAUUUCUGGUUCGGGUUCUUCUGCGGCUUCUCGGCCCAGACGGUCUAUGACCAAUACUUCAUCACUCUGUACAACAUCGUCUACACCUCGCUGCCCGUGCUCGCCAUGGGGGUGUUCGACCAGGACGUGACGGAGCAGCGCAGCAUGGAGUACCCCAAGCUCUACGAGCCGGGCCAGCUCAACCUGCUCUUCAACAAGCGGGAGUUCUUCAUCUGCAUCGCCCAGGGCAUCUACACCUCCGUCCUCAUGUUCUUCAUCCCCUACGGCGUCUUCGCCGACGCCACCCGCGACGAUGGCGCCCAGCUGGCCGACUACCAGUCCUUUGCUGUCACCGUGGCAACCUCCCUGGUGAUCGUGGUCAGCGUGCAGAUUGGGCUGGACACGGGGUUCUGGACAGCCAUCAACCACUUCUUCAUCUGGGGCAGCCUGGCUGUGUACUUCGCCAUCCUCUUUGCCAUGCACAGCAAUGGCCUCUUCCAGAUCUUCCCCAACCAGUUCCGCUUCGUGGGUAAUGCCCAGAACACGCUGGCCCAGCCCACAGUCUGGCUCACCAUCACCCUUACCACCGUGGUCUGCAUCAUGCCAGUCGUGGCCUUCCGAUUCCUCAAGCUGGACCUGAAGCCCGAGCUAUCGGACACGGUGCGCUACACCCAGCUGGUGCGGAAGAAGCAGCGAGCGCAGCACCGCUGCAUGCGGCGGGUGGGGCGUGCCGGCUCGCGGCGCUCCGGCUACGCCUUCUCCCACCAGGAAGGCUUCGGCGAGCUCAUCAUGUCGGGCAAGAACAUGCGACUCAGCUCCCUGGCGCUCUCCAGCUUCGCCGCCCGCUCCAGCUCCAGCUGGAUCGAGACCCUGCGCAAGAAGAAGGGUGGAGACAGCACCGCCAGCAGCCCCAGCGGGGGGGCCGACAAGCCGCUCAAGGUGUGAGGCUGGGGGGCUCCGAUUCUCACUGCCGCUAGGGGCUGGCCUGCCUGGCAGCUCCCCGGCUGUUCCCACGCGGGCCCUGCUGGCUGCUGCAGGUGCUGCUGUGGCAAGGGGUUGGGGCGCCCCGGGAGGCUCCCCAGGUGCUGAGGUUUGGAGGCGGAGUCUGGACCACAGCCAACCGUGUAACCAAAAAACCCCCAUCCAGACGGCCCAGCGGCCCGGCACGGCACCCCCGUCCGGAGCCCGGGCACAGAGAGCGCCGGCAGCGUCGUAUAUCGGGACAUCCACCUGCCCGGAGUGUACAGCGAGCCUGAGUCACGCGCGAAUGUAACAUGCUGGAGACACGGGGAGGGCCUGGCAGGGGGCGCUGGGCUUGGCAGCGCGUCCACCCCACCCCCGCCACCACGUGUCUUUUUUAUAUCUAUAAAAUGAGAAAAGCAGCAGCAAACGGAGCCCCCAUGUUUACAAAGUGACUCUUCUCUGUCCCCGCUGGCACUGGCUGCUCCUGGAGAGGAGCCGGCUGAGCAGAGAGGGGCACAGACGCUCUCCCCACGCAGGCAGCGUCAGUCCCAGGGCUGCGUGGGCGCCCCAGCAUGGGCUUGGCCUCCUGCAGCAGGGCAGGGGUGGGGUGGGGGGAGCCUGGGCUGGGAGAGGGAUGCCCUGGCACGGAGGAGUUACUGGCCCUGCCCUCUCCUCUGCCGCGGCUGGUUUCUACACAUGGUGAAACCGUAUGUGGCCGGGCAGAGACCCGAGCCCUGGGUGCUGCGUCCAGUCAGUGCCUGCCCUGGGCUGGAGGCUGUGGCCCCUGGAGCCAGGGCCAGAGCUGGGGAGCAAACGGGGCCCUAGGGAGCUGUUACAGACCAGAGCAAAGUCGUGGUGCAGAGGUCACCUGAGUGGGGCUCCUCGGGGUCCUGGCUGCAGGGGCAGCCCUGAGGUUCUCCCAGCUUGGGGGAGGGAGGGCGCAGCCACCGGGCUCUUGGCUGGUACUUCUCCCCCCGCACCCUCCAGCUGGUGGAGCUUGGCUCUGGCCUCAUGUGACCUCUGCCCAGGUCCUGGGACCAGCCCAGCCGAUGGAUUCAAAAGGGGAACCACCACCCCCCCAACUCCUUUCUUUGCUGCGUGCCAGAGGCUUAGGCAAGGGGCCAGGUCCUGGGGUCAACAUUGUUGACGGGCUGAUUGUGAUUCAUUCCCUGCACCAGGGAGCCUUUCACAAUCAUCUGGGUGUUAUGGGCCCUGUUUCCCUUCCCCUCUGUGCUGGGAAUACGGGGUGAGUGUGUGUAUGUGUGUGUCCUGAGCCACCUUCCUUGGGGCGCCCCAGCCAUCCAUCUCCCGUCCACGCUUCCCUGGGGAAGCGUCCAGCCUGCUGGCCGCCCCCUCAUGCAGCACUGGCAGGUGCAUGGCCCUUCUCUUGCACACGUAUUUGUAGCUUACCUCCGCACGCUUCUUGUGAUGCAUUCCUCGUGUCCUUUGCACAGCCCCUCCCCCCGGUACCACCCUCUGGCACGCACGCUGCCCACGCAUGGCUCACUGCUGUAGUGCCCCAGCUGCUGCCGAUCCCGAUAGCUUGGGGGCCCUCGGAGGUUGAGUUGCUUGAUGUUGCAGGAUGUCAGAGACCCUGGGCUGUGGCCAGGCUGGGAAAGAUCCCGGGGGCCCUAGGGUGGGGAUCAGCUAAGGGGCCAGCCCCAGUGAGGUGGGAUCCAGCUGGAGGCAGAGGGAUGAAAAAGCCCCCUGGGGAGGGGGCACAAUGGGCCCAGGCCAGUCUUGUGCAGGGGAUGCCUUCUGAUCCACCCUCCUCCCUCCCCUUGAUCUCUGUCUGUGCUGGUUGCCAAAUACGAUGUGGGGGGAGACCCAGUGUUCACCCCCCCCAUCUCAUUCUGCCUUUGAAGGUGAGGGGCCUUGCAAGCCAGGGACAGGUUCGGGUGGGGGGGGUGUCACUGCACCCCAAGGGUUACAGCUCCUGGGGUGACCACAGAGCUCUGCCCACGUGCUUAGAAUGGGGGAGGGGGGUCUGGGUGCCAGGACUCUUGGGUUCUAUUCCCAGCUCUGUGAUGGGCUCUGUGCCUCAGUUUCCCUCCCCUCUGUGCUGGAGUCCCCAGAAGGGACUGGGCUCUGGAAGGUUGAAGUAACCUCAGGCAUUGCUGUGGUUGUGUUAAGCCCUUCUGGGAAGGGGCGAGGGCUGAAGCAGCCUGGCUGGGGGAGGGGCAUGGCCCCCGGAGUCUGACUUUUAUACCAAAGAGGAACUGUCUGUUUGAGAGCUGGCUGGGCGCUAGUGUGCUAGAGUAUCUAUUUUUGGUUCUUUCUGUUUGUUCGGGGGAGGGGAGGGGAGGUGGCGUUGGGCCGGGCCCGAGGAGCAGUCCGUAUAAUUUAUUACACAUUUCUAUACUUACAGAAUUGUAUCAUUUUAUGGGUAUAAAGAGAGGGAAAAAAUAGCCUUUUAUAAAAACGUCUCUUUCUGA